UUUUAUUACCUAAAGCCCCACCGUUAGUCAACAGUUAGUUUGACUGUUAAAUUUAGGGGUACAUUUGUAAUUUCACCCAUGAAGCUUAUUCACCACACCUUGUACCUCCCAUAUCUUAUCCAUGUAACCCCCUCUGACACCCUCAACUAACACACGAUAGGUCAUCUUCUUCCUUCUUCUGCGUUCACACCAGAGAUCACCGAAGAAAUGGAGUUCAAUGUCCAAUUGUCCAAAUGCAGAAUGAAUUGAUCAUAGUUUUGAAAUUUAAUCACAACCCGAAUUCCGAAUUAGAAGCAUGUCAAUAUCAGUUGACAGUAAUAAUCUGAGUUUUGUUAAUGAUUUGAAUCCUGCUAAGGAUAUGUGAAACAUGAAGGCGAGAAUUAUACGAAAAUGGAAUCAGGGUUACAAAAUGGAGAUCAUCUUCAUUGAUGAGAAAGGUGGUAAGAUUCAAGGAGGUAUUAAGAGUCAUCUGAUACCCGUUUUUGAUGGACAGCUACAAGAAGAUGCUGUUGUGAUUCUUUCGAAGUUUGGUGUUGGUGAGAAUAAAGAUUUUUAUAAAGUAGUAGUGCAGCCUUAUAAAAUCAACUUUUAUAGAUGCACAACUGUUACUCGUGUGAGAGAGUGGCAAGGUGUUGAGUAUGGUUUCAAUUUCAGAGCUUAUGAAGAUAUUCUUCAAGGAAAGGCGUUAAACGCUUUGAGUGUUGAUGUUGCUGGAUCUGUGAUUUCUUGUAGAGAUCUUGAAAUCUUUGAUCGACCUCCAAAGGAGACUAAGAAGAUGAAUUUCGAUAUUGAAGAUUUGGAUGGUAAGGUUUUGCGGUGUACUGUGUGGAAUGAUUAUGCUCUGCAGAUUAAGGACUUCAUUUCUAAAGUCCCACCUCAUGAGCAUUCAGGAUCCAUAUGUAGUCUCCAAAAAGCUGUGCAGUCUGAGCAAUCGCCGUCUUCUCAACAAAAGUCCACCCAUGCUGUACAAAAUAGCCCUACGCUGAUGGCAGUGGAGGAGGGGGAAAGUGAGAAUAGAACAAACGGCGCAUGUGGAGCCAAUCCUCCUCCAUGGCUCGGUGAGAGCGUAACAAGAAAGCUAUCUGCUGCUCCUGUGUCCAAAAACGUGCAGCAGAGUCUGGAGAUAACGGACGAGGAGGGUGAGUAA